AGGAAGUUACGGGAUGUAGCGAUGCUAGCUGGAUUAGCUAAAUCUCUAAAGAAAAGCAUCUUGGAUUUUGUGUAAAAAGAAAGUGUCUAGUUGAUGUCACACAGUCUAGUUUACAGUGCUCUUGUAAAUAUUGCUUCUUCGUGUUUGUUUUGCGCUACUGUGAGUAUUUAUUGCCGAACUUUUCGUACAUAAUAUAAAUAGCCAUCCUUAGCAAAGUGAAUGGCCCGUUAGCCACCAUAGGGCUAAACCAGCUAACAGCAGGGACUUAAUUGGUGUUUUAGACUUCGAAGUUUUAAAAUGUUUGUGGCUUAACGCUACAAAACGAGUCCAUACUAUUGGGUUUGUCAGACGGUGCGGGGAGGACCACAUCGUCUGUGGACUGUUCCUCUAACCCUAUGGUCCAGGUGAGGACCGAGAGACUGGAGCAGAGUGAAUCCAGACCUACUGAUAAGUUUCAGGCAGCAGAAAGACAAUUUACUGGUUAUAAGACCAGAACCAUCACCUACUAGAACAUGUGAAGGUUGAAGAAAAAAAACAACAGAUGGAGUGAGGAUGUCUGAGAUGAUGAAGGUUGAAGCCAAUGAACCUGGAUGGUUCAGCUUGGAGCCCCUCCUGCCUGCAGCAUCCAAGUCAGAACUGGAGGAGGAAACACAAGACGGCAAAGAUCUGAUUCAUCAGAUGUUGGUGAUUAAAAAGGUUCCCGAGGACUGGAGCUCCAGUUUGGACGAGCAGGACCCAGAGCGCCCUCUUAUAAAGAAGGAAGAGGAGGAGCUGUGGAUCAGUCAGGAGGAAGAGCAGUUUACUGUGAAAACUGAAGAUGAAGAGAAACCUCACUUGUCAGAGCUUCAUCAGAUCAAAACGGAAGGCAAUGGAGAAACAGGGGCUCCAAGCAGCAGCUUGGUUAAACAGAUGGAAACAGAACCUGAAGAAGAUGUCUGUAGGACUCCAGAACCAAACCCAAACAGGGGCCCAUUUCCAGUAUGUUUCUCUCAACAAAGUACGAUGGCUCAGAUUGGAGUCCAAACAGGAUACAAACAUUUCAGUUGCAAUAUUUGUGGCAAAAGUUUCAAAAGUUACACGACUUUCAAAAUACACAUGAUGACUCACACUGGAAUGAGGGAGCACAGCUGUGAUUUUUGUGGUAAAGGAUUUGAAGAAAAGCGUGCUCUUCAGACACAUAUGAGACUCCACACCGGAGAGAGACCAUUUGCUUGUGAAGAUUGUGGUAAAACGUUUCAUGCAAAAGCUAUUCUUAAAAUGCACCUGAGAGUCCAUUCGGGAGAAAAACCCUUUUCUUGUUAUGUCUGUGGUACAAGAUUUAAAACGAAAGGAACUCUAACAAGGCACAUGAGGAUCCACACCACAGAGAAACCGUUUGUUUGUCAUGUUUGCAGUAAAGGAUUUUCCCUACAACAUCAUCUAAAGAGGCACAUGAGUGUUCACACAGGAGAGAGACAAUUUAUUUGUGGUGUUUGCAGUGAGGGAUUUUCACAACAAACUCAAUUAAAGAGACACGUGCGUGUUCACGCUCAGGAGAGGUCAUUUAUUUGUAUUGUUUGUAGUAAACGAUUUUUUAAACAAGAGACUCUGGAGAGACACAUGCGUGUUCACACAGGAGAAGACCCAUUUAUAUGUAAUGUUUGCAGUAAGGGAUUUUCAAAACAAGAGACUCUGAGUGGACACAUGCGUGCUCACACAGGAGAGAAAAUGUUUAUUUGUAGUGAGUGCGAUAAAGGAUUUACACGACAACAGAGUCUGAAAAACCACAUGGAGGUUCACACUGCACUAUUUAGCUGUGGCGACUGUAGCAAACGUUUUGUAAAGGAAACGCAGUUGAUGCGGCAUGUCAAACUCCACACAGAGGAGAGGCCGUUUAGUUGUGAAGUCUGCAGGAGCAGAUUUAAUAAAAGGCUCCAUCUUGAAAAUCACAUGAGAGUGCAUUCGGGAGAGAAGCCAUUUGUUUGCAGUGUUUGCAGUAAAGCGUUUUCACGACAUGGAAAUUUGAUGAGACACAUGGCCGUUCAUGAAGGCUGCAACUCUUGAUAUUGUCAGUUGGUUUGUCAGACUUUUUUCACUUAUUAGGAUUUUGUUUUUGAUUUUCUGUGGAGCUCCAUUAGUUUUUCAUUCUGGAUACAGAAUGAACUCCAGAUUAAUAAUGCCUCCAUUAUUAUUAUUAUUAUUUAAUAAUGCCUCCACAGUUACAGUUUUAAGCUUAAGAAUUACUUAACUUAAAAAUUAUAAUGCUUUCAUUAUUAUGACAUAAUAAUGGAGACAUUAUUAUUAUUAUGUAACAAUUAUUACAGAAUUUUAAACUUAAAAAAAGAGUUGGAAAACAUGUCUUUAAAAAUAUUUCUCUUUUUGGCGAUGAUUCAAUAUUUAAAAAAACUGUAGGCCUCAUAAAUGGUGAGCCAAUAAUGACAUUAUUAUAUUAAUGUACUGAAAUUCCUAAGAAAUAUUUUCUUCAUCAAUCUCAGAUCUAUCAAAUUAUAUCCAAAUGUAAAUAUUAUACUUAAUAAAAGAAGUAGCAUGUCAUACACAAAGUAAUGAGGUGAAAAUAACAAAAUGACAAAAAAUGUUUAGCCCCAUUAAUUUUUGUAUGUUUGUCACACAUGUUUUAGAUCAGAUACAUUUGAGUAAUGGACAAAUUUAUAUUAUUUAGUCACAAAAUCCUGUGAUUUAAUGAAGGUGUUUAUUUUUUUGUGAAAGGGGGAAAAAAAUCCAAGCCUGAGUCACAACCUUUUAAAAAUGAGUUCAAUUUCUUUAGCCACACCUUCAAUAGGACCUGUCUGACAAAGUGGAGCAGGUCUCAAAAGAUCCUCAAAAGUCAGGAAAAGGAACAUCAUAUCAGAAAUAAAAUAUGGUUUUGACAAUGUGAUGGAUCUGGAGCUGUUUUGCUGCUUCAGGACCUGGGGGGCUGGCUGUGAUGAAUUGAACCAUAAAUUCUGUUGUCCACCAAGACAUCCUGAAGGAAAAUGUCCGGCCAUCUAUUUGUGACCUCAAACCAAAGAGCACUUGAAUUCUGAAGUGGAACAAAAAUCCGACGCACACCAGAAAGUCCCCCUCCGAAAAACAAAGAUUUUAAUUUUGUAUUGGCCUAAUCAAAGUCCUGUGCUGAGUCUGACUGAAAUGGUGUUUAAUUACCAUAAAAAGGAGGUUAAUGCUUGAAAACUCUCGGGUGUGGCUAAAUAAAAAAUUACGCAGAGUGCUAAAGUUAUAUUGGAGCUAGAAUAAAUUAAUGACAUAUUAGUGAUUCUUAUAACAUGUCUUUAAGUGAUUAAACAUGAAAUAUAACAUUCAAGAAAGUUUUGAGGGGAACAAGAUGUAACCCUAUAAAAAAGGUUGAGUGUUGGUAUUAAGAGUUUCUUGCAAAAUCUGGAUUUGUAAAAUCCUGAAAUGCAUUUUUAAAGGAAAAGUUUUGACAAAAGGACAAAUAAACUCCAACUUGGCACUUUUCAUUGACAAGCUUUGCUUGCCUUGAACCACCAAGAUAACUGAUUUUAAGGGCCUUACUUCACGUUGGUGUCAUCUCUCUUUGGGAGGUGCAGGUCACAUUCCCCAUCGUUCAUUGGGUCUUGUUUAAACACUAUACAGAUAUUGCUGUGUAAAGUAGAGAGGUACUGUACAGUCAGAUUGGUGUGCAGAUCACUGAAUGUUCUGUGAUUGGCAUCAGAGAAGGGAACUGAGCUUAAAUUCUGAUUUUAUUGUGACUGUUGGCCAAAUCUGCUCGGCCCCACUAGUGACCAUUCCGCAUAGUCUUUGUGGCUUACACAGCUCUUCUUUCUUUUACAAGAUUCUACAUAAUAUUUUUAUUCUAAUGUAUUUGGGACACACCAGUUUGAUGAAAGCAUUGAAUGUAAAAAAAAAUGUCUCAAGUUUGUUUCCUUGAUUAAAAGAAUUAUGAGAGAUGUUGACUGAAUUUUUGUCAGUUUGAUAAACCGUUACAAAACCUUUGUAAAUGGGAAUAAUUGGUUUGUUAAAC